GAUCUUAGAAUCUCAAGACAUGUAUUUCCUUGGACUGUUGUCGUUGCUUGUUUUGCAAAGCAAAGCCUUCAAGACAAAUUUUCCUGAUGAAACCAUUGCUGAGCUUUCUGUGAAUGUUUACAAUCAGCUGCGAGCUACAAGAGAAGAUGAGAAUAUUCUUUUCUCUCCUCUGAGCAUUGCAAUAGCCAUGGGAAUGGUAGAGCUUGGAGCCCAUGGAACCACUUUGAAAGAAAUUCGACAUUCCUUGGGUUUUGACAGCUUAAAAAAUGGUGAAGAGUUUACCUUCUUGAAGGACCUUUCUGAUAUGGCAACUACUGAAGAAAGUCAUUAUGUUCUGAAUAUUGCUAACUCUCUCUAUGUGCAGAAUGGAUUUCAUAUCAGUGACAAAUUUCUGCAGUUGGUGAAAAAAUACUUUAAAGCUGAAGUAGAGAAUAUAGAUUUCAGCCAAAGUGCAGCUGUAGCUACCCACAUCAAUAAGUGGGUGGAGAAUCAUACAAAUAAUAUGAUCAAAGAUUUUGUGUCUUCAAGAGAUUUUGGUGCUCUAACUCAUUUGGCUCUCAUCAACGCAAUCUACUUUAAAGGCAAUUGGAAAUCACAGUUCAGACCUGAAAAUACAAGAACUUUCUCUUUCACUAAAGAUGAUGAAAGUGAAGUGCAGAUUCCAAUGAUGUACCAGCAGGGAGAGUUUUACUAUGGAGAGUUCAGCGAUGGCUCCAAUGAAGCAGGUGGUAUCUAUCAAGUUCUGGAAAUACCAUAUGAGGGAGAUGAGAUUAGUAUGAUGAUCGUUCUUUCCAGACAGGAAGUUCCACUGGUCACAUUGGAACCACUGGUCAAAGCCUCGUUGAUUAAUGAAUGGGCUAAUUCUGUAAAGAAGCAAAAAGUGGAAGUGUAUUUACCAAGGUUCACAGUAGAACAGGAAAUUGAUCUGAAAGAUGUCUGGAGAGGUCUCGGAGUUACGGAGCUGUUCAGCAGCAGCGCUGACCUCACCGCAAUGUCUGAUAACAAAGAACUUUACCUUGCAAAGGCAUUUCACAAGGCAUUUCUAGAAGUUAAUGAGGAAGGAUCAGAAGCUGCUGCUGCCUCAGGAAUGAUUGCCAUUAGCAGAAUGGCAGUGCUGUAUCCUCAAGUUAUAGUUGAUCAUCCCUUUUUCUUUUUGGUCAGAAACAGAAGAACAGGUACUGUGUUAUUCAUGGGAAGGGUAAUGCACCCUGAAGCAAUGAAUACAAGUGGCCAUGACUUUGAAGAGCUUUAACUGCCACCAGCUACCAAAAAGAGGAGAUAAGCACAUAAAGUUUGAAGUUAAUAUAUUUAAGGUUUGCUGUGUUUUCCCCCAAGAUAUCGUUUAAAAUGCUUUCAGAUCUAACUGUGUGCAAGUCAGUUUCCAGAGGAAAGCUUACAGUAUUAAAGUAAUGGUUCUGUUUCUGUCAUUGUGAUUGCUGUAUCCUUAAAAUAAAAUUGUGUACGUGUCAACAACUAUUUCUUGUUCUAGUGAAUUGUAAAGCAAAAACCUGCAAAUCCGUUAUUCAUAAUUUUUUUACAGUCCAAAGACUGACUUGAUCAAUGAGACAGGAGCGGAAUGUGUGCAGCUCUGAAUAAUGCAGAUGGCAAACCUUGAUGACAAUUCAUAGAGUUGAAGAACUACAUCUGGAAAAUGUGAUCUCUUCCUGUUCCUGUAAAAGUAGUAAACAGACUGCGAUAUGCUGUCUCAUCAAAGUUAAUGGAACAAAUUAAGCCUAGUGGAUUUUAACCUGUUAAGAUAACUGUGGUAGACUGUGUGUGAACUUUCCCACAUGUGAUUCUAAAAUGUUGCUUUUAUGAAUGCUCCUGCAUGUGACUCUGCAAUUCACCUUCCAUAACUGUUGAUGCCAAUAAAAUCUGAUCGCAUGAAUAUUUGAGACUAGUCAGUGUAGAAUAGCUAUGUAUGUGACUGAAGUAAAAUAGUUGAAUAGUAA